GCCCGUGAAUAACAUCCCUCAGUAUCAACAGUUUAGUUCCACUCUUCACAGUCCACUCACUGGUGGUGGCAAUCCAGAGGGAUCUCCAGCCAACGCUGUUGAUCGUGGACCGAGGGGCUCAAGCCCCUCGGCUGUCCGACGACUAUUAAAGCUUUCUCGCCGCCGCUGUUCUUUCAAUAGCCGUCCGUCAUCCUCCCUGUCCCUCUUUCUUAUUCUCCCCGCUACACAUUCACACCUUGAUUCCUUGUCUCUCUCACCAUGGCCACCGCGACCGUUACAGCCCUCGACAAGCCCAACAUUGGUGUCUACACCAAUACCAAACAUGACCUGUGGGUCGCCGAGUCCAAGCCCACGUUGGAGGAGGUGAAGAGCGGAGAGGGCCUGCGACCUGGGGAGGUCACCAUCCAAGUCCGCAGCACCGGCAUUUGCGGAUCCGACGUCCACUUCUGGCACGCUGGCUGCAUCGGCCCCAUGAUCGUCACCGGCGACCACAUCCUUGGCCACGAGUCCGCCGGCCAGGUAGUAGCGGUUGCCCCCGACGUGACCUCACUGCAACCGGGCGACCGGGUGGCGAUCGAGCCGAACAUCAUCUGCAACGCGUGCGAGCCGUGCCUGACGGGACGCUACAACGGGUGCGAGCGGGUGCAGUUCCUCUCCACCCCCCCGGUCGACGGACUGUUGCGGCGGUACGUCAACCACCCGGCGAUCUGGUGCCACAAGAUCGGGCCGGAGAUCAGCUACGAGGACGGGGCGCUGCUGGAGCCCCUCAGUGUGUCGCUGGCGGCAAUCGAGCGCAGCGGGCUGCGCCUGGGCGAUCCGUGUUUGAUCACGGGCGCGGGGCCGAUCGGGCUGAUCACCCUGCUGAGCGCGCACGCGGCGGGGGCCACCCCCAUCGUCAUCACGGAUAUCGAUGAGAGUCGGCUGCGGUUCGCGCAGUCGCUGGUGCCCGGCGUGCGGCCCUAUCAGGUGCAGCUCGGGCGGUCGGCGGAGGAGACGGCGCAGGGGAUCGUCCGGGUGUUCAACGACGGGGAUGAGGCGCAGGCAAGCAGUCCCACGGCGCUGCGGCCGCGCAUCGCGCUGGAGUGCACGGGCGUCGAGAGUAGUGUGGCCUCGGCCAUCUGGAGUGUGAAGUUCGGCGGCAAGGUGUUUGUGAUUGGCGUCGGCAAGAAUGAGAUGACCAUCCCCUUCAUGCGGCUGAGUACGCAGGAGAUCGAUCUGCAGUACCAGUACCGCUACAGCAAUACCUGGCCUCGCGCCAUUCGGCUGGUGAAGAAUGGGGUGAUCCGUCUCGAUAAGCUCGUGACGCAUCGCUUCACGCUCGAGGAUGCGCUCAAGGCGUUCGAGACGGCCGCCAAUCCGAAGACGGGCGCUAUCAAGGUCCAGAUUAUGAGCGAUGAGGAGGAUGUGAAGGCCGCUUCCGCUGGUCAGAAGCGCUAGGCUUGCUUUGAUUGAUUGAUGUACAUGACUGAAGAGUGUGUUUGUGUUGGGUUUGCUAGUUUUUUAGAGAUGAACCGGUGUUAUACCAAUGAAUGGGUUGAGUUAUGAUUUGCAGUGAGGUUCGUUCAAACGGGGCACUCUAGCGUCGAAAAGGGGAGCUUAUACUCAGAAGC